CCUGUUGGGUCAUGUCCUGCUGUAGACUCUUCUGCAUCAUGUCAGUCAGAGGAUGACAUCAGUUAUAACACUCUGACCAGACAAGCUACUGCUAUUAUGUUGACUGCAAGAGAAAAACACCAUCUUUCACAGAGAGGUGUGAAUGAUGUCUUGGCUGCAAUGCAGCAAUAUCAAGCCCUGUUGGUGACUAAUCUGAGGAGUCAGCUACAAACUGUAUUCCAGCAACAUCAAGGAAGUGAACUUGAAAAGGAAGCGAUGGCAGUAUUCGACCGGAUUGAGGAUCCAUUUUCCUCUGUUGCAACAACAUACAGGCAGGACAACGUGAUUAAGGAAAAUUUCAAUUUUGUGGAGUCAGAGGAGGUUACUGUUGGGUAUACUGCCUGCUUGAAGAAAAAAGGGACAAAAAGGGUCCUCUCCACAAGAACCAAAUGUUUUCAUUACGUACCUCUGAUUAAAAGUUUAGAACAGUUAUUGUCCCAUCCAAAAGUUUUAGAAAUGAUAGAUCAGCCGCAAAAAUACAGAAGUGGUGGUUAUCUGUAUGACAUCAUAGAUGGAGAGCUCAUGAAAUCACACCCUUUAUUUUCAGCCCGGCCCUCUGCUUUACAGAUAAUCAUUUACUCAGACGAAAUUGAAAUCUGCAAUCCACUUGGAUCUCAUGCUUCCAAGAAUAAGUUACUAAUGUUUUAUUAUACAUUAGGAAACAUUGAUCCAAAAUAUAGAUCAAAACUCGCUGCAAUUCGUCUACUUGCUAUUGCAAAGAAGAGAGAGUUGUCUGAUUGUGGAGUGGAUGGAAUUUUGGCCAGGUUGUAUGAGGACUUGGAAAUGCUAUAUGAUGGUGUUAAUAUUCAAACUGCGAAUGGGGAACGUGAAAUAUUUGGAGCAUUAGUUUCGAUAUGUGGAGACACCUUAGCACAACAUGAGCUUUGUGGAUUUAAAGAGGGUGUUGGUUUCGCCUAUAGUAAGUGCCGGCAGUGUGAAUGUUCGUUUGAGGACAUGCAAAUGUAUUUUGACGAAGACAAUUUUGAGCUAAGGACACUAGAAAAACAUGUUCGACAGUGUAGUGACAUUGAGAAGGCAAAUACUGAGUAUCUUAGAAACAGUUUAAAGACUACAUUUGGCAUUAACAGAAGAAGCAAGCUGGUAGAAUUUCCGGCCUUUAACUUGAUUGAACAAACACCUCAGGAUUUGAUGCAUAUAAUUCUUGAAGGCAUUGCUCCAUUAGAAAUAAAGUGUGUGUUAAAACAGUUAGUUCUUUUAGGUCAACUAGACUUGGAUGUUCUCAAUACUGCAUUAACUGGAUUUCCCUACUCUCCACUUGAUGUCAGAGACAAACCAAGCCCUAUAGCUUACAGCACAUUAGCUUCAAGUGAUAAUAAAUUGAAGCAAUCCUCAGGCCAAAUGAUUGUUCUACUGAAGAUAUUGCCAUUUCUUAUUGAUACAGCUAAAGAUACUGAAUACUACAAAAUAAUUCUUGAACUCAUAGAAAUUGUUAAAAUUGUUUGCUCCUGUCAUUGGUCUACAGACAAUUAG